AUGAGCUGGUGGUGGGAAAGAUCUACUGGAGCUGCUGCCAAGAAUAUAUCUAAUGAAAUAGAUGAAUCAUCACAAAACUCGCAAAAUGUGGCAUUGAUUAUAGGCGUGACGGGCAUAGUAGGCAAUAGUCUAGCCGAAAUUCUCUCUCUCCAAAACACACCAGGUGGUCCAUGGAAGGUUUACGGCGUAGCGCGGCGUGAUCGACCGGCAUGGAACACCAACCACCCUGUCCACUAUGUUCAAUGCGACAUCUCGAACCCAAACGACGUCGCGUUGAAGCUCUCACCGCUAACUGACGUCACUCACAUAUUUUAUGUCUCAUGGACCAGCAAGUCCACUGAGGCCCAAAAUAUUGAAGUCAACGGGUCCAUGUUCCGCAACGUCCUCAACGCUCUAAUUCCAAAGGCUCCCAAUCUCCGCCACGUGUCUCUCCAAACAGGAGUCAAACACUAUGUAGGGCCCUUUGAGCUUUUCGGAAAGAUCAAGGCCAACGAGCCACCUUUCACUGAAGACUUGCCACGUGUCAAUGCACCAAACUUUUACUACACCCUAGAGGACAUAUUGUUUGAAACUAGUGUAUAA